GCCUCCCCGCCGCCUGCCUCCGGUGUCGAGUCUCCGUGGAGCCCCGGCCAAACCCCGGCCGCCGCCGAGGCUCAAACCAUGAAUUACGUCGGGCAGCUGGCAGGCCAGGUGUUUGUCACCGUGAAGGAGCUCUACAAGGGGCUGAACCCUGCCACUCUGUCCGGAUGCAUUGACAUCAUCGUGGUCCGCCAGCCCAACGGGAGCCUGCAGUGCUCCCCCUUCCACGUCCGCUUUGGGAAGAUGGGGGUCCUGCGUUCCCGAGAGAAGGUGGUUGACAUAGAAAUCAAUGGGGAAGCAGUGGAUUUGCACAUGAAACUGGGAGAUAAUGGAGAAGCAUUUUUUGUUCAAGAGACUGAUAACGAUCAGGAGGUGAUCCCCAUGCACCUGGCCACCUCCCCGAUCCUGUCGGAAGGAGCCUCGAGGAUGGAGUCCCAGCUGAAGAGGAACUCCGUAGAUUGGAUAAGAAGCCUGGACCCCAACACGUCAGCCCAGGUCUUACCUCCCAGCGAGACCCCUUCAAGUGGCUCUUUAGUGAAGAAGCGAAGGAAGAGGAGGAGGAAGUCGCAGCUGGACAGCCUGAAAAGGGACGACAACAUGAACACGUCCGAGGAUGAAGACAUGUUCCCCAUAGAGAUGAGCUCGGACGAGGAGGCCGAGCUGCUGGACAGCAGUAGAACUCUUUCUAAUGAUAUACCUCCAUUCCAAGGAGAUAUCCCUAAGGAAAACCUUUCCCCAGUCAUGACUUACCCUCAGUCAGCAUCUUACCCGAAUUCUGACAGAGAGUGGUCACCUAGCACCAGUCCUUCAGGUUCCCGACCUUCAACACCUAAAAGUGAUUCGGAAUUGGUCAGCAAGUCUGUGGACAGGACAAUGCAGAAGAAUAAUCUAGAAAUGCUCUGGCUUUGGGGAGAAUUGCCCCAAGCCGCAAAGUCAUCUGCACACAAGAUGAAGGAGUCCGGCCCGUUGAACAGUAGAAAAAUCUGUGAUAAGACGCACUUUCAAGCCGUCCCCAGUGACUCUUCAGACGCGUUCAGUGAACAGUCACCGACACUGGCUGGGGGGUCUCCCGCGCAGCCGCUGUGGGAGCAGAACAAGCCGCAGACAGAGAUGCAGUUCGUGAACGAAGAAGACGUCGAGGCCUUAGGAGCCGCAGCGCCCCCGUUGCCUGCGAUCGAAGAGUCCAAAGCCCUCUCCGCCAGCGCUGCCCCGGCAGCCAGCAAGACGGAUUCGCCUUCUAGGAAAAAGGACAAACGAAGCAGACACCUUGGUGCCGACGGCGUCUACUUGGAUGACCUCACAGACAUGGAUCCUGAAGUCGCUGCCCUGUAUUUUCCCAAAAACGGAGACCCUCCUGGGCUCACAAAACACGCCAAUGACAACGGAACCCGUUCAGCCAACCAGUCUCCGCAGUCCGUGGGCAGCUCUGGCGUUGACAGUGGCGUGGAGAGCACCUCGGACAGCCUGAGGGACCUGCCGUCCAUCGCCAUCUCGCUGUGCGGCGGCCUCAGCGACAACAGGGAGAUCACCAAAGAUGCGUUUUUGGAACAAGCCGUGUCAUAUCAGCAGUUUGUGGACAACCCUGCCCUCAUUGACGACCCCAAUCUUGUGGUGAAGAUCGGGAAUAAAUACUAUAACUGGACGACGGCGGCACCUCUGCUUCUGGCGAUGCAGGCCUUCCAGAAACCUUUGCCAAAGGCCACGGUGGAAUCUAUCAUGAGGGAUAAGAUGCCCAGGAAGGGAGGAAGAUGGUGGUUUUCAUGGAGGGGACGAAACAGCACAAUCAAGGAGGAAAGUAAGCCAGAGCAGUGCCUGGCAGGAAAGAGCCACAGCACUGGGGAGCAGCCAUCACAGCUGGGCAUGGCCACCAGAAUAAAGCAUGAGUCAUCCUCCAGUGAUGAGGAGCACACGGCCGCCAAGCUGUCCAGCUCAAGCCACCUCCCCCUGCUGUCCAGCGUUAGCUACAAGAAGACCCUGCGCCUCACGUCAGAGCAGCUGAAAAGCCUGAAGUUGAAGAACGGACCCAACGACGUGGUCUUCAGCGUCACCACGCAGUACCAGGGCACGUGCCGCUGUGAAGGCACCAUCUACUUGUGGAACUGGGACGAUAAGGUUAUCAUCUCUGACAUCGAUGGAACCAUCACUAGAUCAGAUACUCUUGGCCACAUUUUGCCCACCCUUGGGAAGGAUUGGACCCACCAGGGCAUCGCCAAGCUGUACCAUAAAGUGAGCCAAAACGGGUACAAGUUCCUCUACUGCUCCGCACGGGCCAUCGGGAUGGCGGACAUGACGCGGGGCUACCUGCACUGGGUCAACGAGCGGGGCACGGUGCUGCCCCAGGGGCCGCUGCUCCUCAGCCCCAGCAGCCUCUUCUCCGCCUUGCACAGAGAAGUGAUCGAAAAGAAGCCAGAGAAGUUUAAAGUCCAGUGUUUGACAGACAUCAGAAACUUGUUUUUUCCAAAUACAGAACCCUUUUAUGCUGCUUUUGGAAACCGACCAGCUGAUGUGUACUCGUACAAGCAAGUGGGAGUGUCUCUGAACAGGAUAUUCACUGUCAACCCCAAAGGAGAGCUGGUGCAGGAGCACGCGAAGACCAACAUCUCCUCGUACGUGAGACUCUGCGAGGUGGUCGACCACGUUUUCCCCUUGCUGAAAAGGAGCCAUUCUUCCGACUUUCCCUGCUCAGAUACGUUCAGUAACUUCACCUUUUGGAGAGAACCGCUGCCACCCUUUGAAAACCAGGACAUUCAUUCUGCAUCAGCAUACUUUUCCCACUCAGAUUUAAGGGCAAGUGGAUAAGUAGUCAUUUGAGUGACAUUCGUCAAGCCGGUAGAAGAUGAUUCUUUUACUUGUUUGUUAAAUUGGCCUGUGGAGAAGAGAAUAAUUUGAAAAGUGAAAGAAUUAUUUUGGUAAAAGAUUUCGCUUUUCGAGCUCUUAUUUUUUUCAAAGAGCGUUUUACUCCAGUGGUUGAAAUGCUCUCCUAUUUAAAUCGCAUGGUUAGAGUCAUGGAGGCAAACAGUGGAACAGUUGAAUGCAGUUUUACUCUUUCUGUGAAAGAAAACCCAGAGGCGUUGCCUUCCCUGUCGCCGGUGGGCUCUGCUGGCAGCGGACGCCUUUCCCGAGCGGUUCGCGUGGCCACGCGGAGAAAUGCAAACACCCGUGCGUAGCUGGUCGCAGAUUCUCAGAGCAGCAGAUGCCCUUUUGGAGGCAUUAAAAAUGAUUUAAAAUAGUCCUGCCUCAACCUGGGCUAGCCAUUAGUGACCUUCAGAGGCUACAUUCAUUCUUUCUGUCAUGAGGGUAUUUUGGGGUGAACUUCAACUGCUGUGAACUACGUAGAAGCUCACGGGCCUGCAGAGGCCGGCACAGUUUCUCCCUUGCACUGGGAGGAAUCUGGCUAUGAGACUGGGUGGCCUGUCCCUCGGAGCGGGUGCCCUUCAUCAAGACGACCAGCUGUAGUUCUCCCUCGCAAGAGCAUGCAACUUUGGACCCCCAAUUUUGAUGCACCCUAAGCUUCCACGCCACUGCCCUCUGAAACAGAGCAUGCCUUCCAGAAAGUCGCACUCGGGCCUGAGUCAGGUUCAGAGUGUGACCCCUGGAGAGGCAGUGACAUUCACACCUGCCUCGUGGCUUCGGAAAAUGGGAUUCGUGCCCGGACAGCACUCACGCAUGUGCCAGCUGGUUUUAUCUGUGCUCACACAACCGUAACUCAGUGACCCCAAAGCCACGUGCUAAGAUGCUCUAUUUGGACCACGCAUUUCAGAGUUGCCCGAUGGAAGCGAAUCCCUCCAUUGCGACAAGUCAUCAAACAUUCAUCACACGUGAUGAAGAAAAAUAUAUGUCCCUGGUACGUUGGAGAAAAUGAUGACACCUUCAAAGAGGAGUCCCUUUUCCAUUUUAGGUUUGGAUCGCCACUUUAAAUAUAUUUUAUUUACAACGCUUGAUCUGUAUUUGUAUAUGCUGGUACAAUGAUAAAAAUCACUGUAAUACUUCAUUGCAUUGUGCUGGAUGCAAAGCUAGGAUGUAUUGUAACAAAUGAG